UGGACUUCUGAAUUUGAGCAGACGCUCCGCGAACUGAGGACGGCCGUACUCCAGAUCACCUCCACAUGUCUUGAUCUUUCCUUCACCGAGGGACUGUCAUCUUGGAUCUCUUUAGCUGUUUCCUACUUCAAGGAAUGGGUGGGAGUGGGAAUGUUUGGUAUGGCCGUCUGCUGCGGACUGGUAUUUCUCCUAUGGAUGGUCUGCAGACUCAGAACCCAAAAUAAGCGAGACAAGGUGGUUAUUGCGCAUGCACUUGCGGCCCUGGAACAUGGGGCUUCCACUGACGUGUGGUUGACUAUGCUCAAGCAAUAGAUUGCUGACAAGACAGCUCUUGCACGCCCGGAACCUAGGUUCAUUGCACUGGGCAGAGUGUCCAACACAGCACCCAAAGAGGGUUGUUGAAUAAGGUAUCGCACAGGGGGUCAUUGUCCCGCUGAGAGACAUGUCGUUCUGCAUAAGGGUUGCCUGCCCGAGUUUCCCUUUCCCAGAAAAACGGCAGAGGACAGGUUGGGAGUAUCCUGGGCUCCAGAGUAGACCUAGGGAUGACUCCCAUACAUGGUCUGAUCAAGAUUUUAACUGGGAGGUUCGACCACUGUCUCUACCCUCUCAUUUUGGGAAAUCUAUUUGCUUCAUAUAAAGUAAAAAGAGGGAGAUGUGGGGAGCCGCCUGCCGGGUCCCUGCAGACGCCAUUACAAGAUGGCGCUC